AUGGGACAUCUUAAAAUACCAUCCAUCUUCCUCUACGCUUUCUGUUGUACGAUUCGAUUCACUGAGGCCACUUAUACUGCUGCUAUUCCAAUAACUGAGCUUUUACGACAGUCAGGCCAAGAUCCAACGGCAUUCAAAGUGAGAAUAAGACCAGAUGAAACCGACUCUGGUUAUGAAUCUGAAGCUAUCGAACGAGAAGGUGACUAUGAUGAAUACGGUAUUGUGACCAACCCGAAAAGGCGCUUUGGAGUACAGCGUAGACGUAGUGAAGUAGAAGAGCUGUUGACCAGCAUUCUCGAUCGGAAGGCAAUUGAAGAAACUUUAAGCUACAUUCGAAAAAUGAUAACAUGCGGCUCUGGGGGAUGCUGCUCUGAGACUCGGCGUUGGACAGCACCUGCGAAUCUCCGCACAUAUGCUUUCGAACGGCGAAGAUUUAAACCAAAACGAUGCGUAUCAGUUUGCAUGCCGUACUGCACAUCUCGAUGUCUUUUACAAGCUUCAAACCCGUUAGGCACCAUCGGGUUGAUAAACCGUUACUCACAGGAAGUAAACUACCCAACUAGCGAAACAUCACCGAUUCCACUGUGUCAUCCAGCUUGUAUGCCAUUAUGUACAGAUGAAUGUCUUAUGGAUAUCCCACCAACGUGUCGCCCAGCUUGUAUGCCUCACUGCAGUCCAUCUUGUACCAAUAGUCCACCACUUAUGAUUCAUUGCCCAACGGCAGAUUUGUGUUACUGCCCACCAGGAUAUGUUCAGUGCUCAGAGGAUACUUGCUGUAUGCGAUACCGGACUAUGGCGCUCAGAUACAGAGAUCGCCAUCCGUUUAUCUCCAGUGAUGCUAGCUUGGCAAACACAAGUGUAACGAUGCAGGUAGAAUGUGUAUCAUCGUUUACUUGA